CAGAAGAAGAUCGAUGUUAUCCGAGGAUAAGUGUGUUUUGUUUUGUUUUACAUGCGAAAAUGUGAUAAAUUUGUAACGCCAUGUAAUUGUUAAUGCCAUCUUGCUAUGGCUGAAUUGCCUGGACGAGGAGAGGGAAAGCCAGACCGCUGCUGAUGGUGAGCUUUGUUGACCUAUUUUCAGUUUGUAUAGAAGCCAGAAAUGCCUGUCAAGGUUAGCUAGCCAGAAGCCUGCUAGCAUGGCUGACAAUAACAUGAUGGGUCUGACGCACAGUUCAGUAAUGUCAUUAUCCCUGGUUUGUUGUUUUAAAUGACGUUUCCCCUCAAAUGUAUGUAGACAAUAUUCUCAAAUAUCUUUAAAAAAUGGGAAUAUGAUUUUAAGACACAAAAACGUUUUUGUGGGAAAGAAUGAAAGGGGUCGGUAAACAAUACCACAUCUGCUGGCUUACAUGGGAACAUUUGAGUUUACAAUAUUACCAGCUGCGUCACUAAACGAAAACAAACUAAAUGCGCCUUUUUGUAAAGAUAACUACUCUUUUUAUCUCUCCAACGGAGCCUUAACUUUUCCCAGCUUGCCUUGUACCAGAGGAGCAGAGGACAAGAUGCUGCUAAAGAUGCCCCAGAAGCUGCUGAAGACUGCCCAUUACAUUGAACUGGGUAGCUAUCAGCACUGGCCUGUGUUGAUACCCCAGAGGAUAAGACUGUACACCUACGAACAAAUCCCCCUCUUCCUCAAAGAAAACCCUUACAUUACAGAUGGCUACAGGGCUCACCUGCCCUCUAAACUCUGCCUGAGGAGCAUUUUUAUUCUGUCCAAUGAGACUGUGAAUAUCUGGAGCCACCUUUUGGGUUUCCUGCUCUUCUUCUCUUUGGGGGUCAACGACCUCUCCUCAGUAUUGCCGGCAUCUGGAGCAGACAGAGAGGACUAUGUCAUCUAUGCUAUAGGACUGUUCUGCUUCCAGGUGUGCAUGUUGUGUUCUGUGGGAUAUCACCUCUUCUCCUGCCACCGAUCAGAGAAAACGAGCCGUCGUUGGCUGGCAUUGGACUAUGCAGGCAUUUCUGUUGGCAUUCUGGGCUGCUAUGUUCCUGGGAUAUUCUAUGCUUUCUACUGCAAUGCUUUUUGGCGACAGGUGUACUUGUUGACGGUGUUGUCCUUGAUCCUGGCCGUCUUCUGUGCCCAGGUCCAUCCUCGUUACCUCAGCAAUGACUGGCGAAGAAUACGGAUGACAAUCUUCUGCUGUGUGGCUGGCAUCAGUGUGAUUCCUGCGUGCCACUGGGUUUGGCUCACUGGAGGAUUAUCUGCUGAUGUUGUACAGCUUUUCCUGCCCCGUGUGAUUGUGAUGUAUCUGAUAGCUGGGUCGGCCUUCUUGUUUUAUGUGACCAAGAUCCCUGAACGCUACUUUCCUGGCCAACUGAACUAUCUGGGUGCCAGCCACCAGGUGUGGCACAUUCUGGUGGUGUUGAUGUUUUACUGGUGGCAUCAGACAGCUGAAUACAUCAUGCACUUCAGACACAGCCAGGCCUGUCCAACCCCAACCAGCAGCAGCUAAGUGAAACUGAACAAACAAUUUAAUGGGAAAGCAAUCGGUUGCAGACCAAUACUUGCAAGUGGACAUUGGUUAAACCAUUCUAUUAAUAUUCAAGUUUUUUUUUUUUUAACCUGUUGCCUGAUGAAAAGUGUCUACCUAAAGGUAUUCAACCACUAACUAGGAAAAGAUGUUAAUCAGAGUCUGGUAAUAGUGACUUCCUUCUAAGAUUGCUGGGCUGCUUGAACAGCACUUACCCUGGCCAGCUGUUGAAGGCCAGUAUCUUUAUUAUGCAGCUGAGAGUGACUGGAAGCUUGUACAUCUGAAACUAAAAACAUAAGAUAGGUUUCAAAGUAUGACGAUUUAAUAAAUAAACUCCAUUGAGGUUGAGAAAAUCAACUGUGAAGCUCUCCAUAUUGCACCAUUGCCACUAUGAACAUUGCAUGAAGGAGUUUAUCCAUAGGUUUAGAUUGUGAAUUUAUGUAUUAGCCGGUGUGAACUUUUCUUUGCAUCUCUUUUUGUUUCAUCUGUCAUUUUUCACUAGACUAGACUGUAUGUAUAAUCUGAUGGUGGUGAAAACCACAGAACAAAAACAUGGCAACUGGACAUUUGACAUUCAGAAACUGUGAAAUGACUUUCUGAGAGACGCAUUAAGUCUCAAUGCCUCAUUUAUUCGAAGACUAAGAACAAAGAGUCAAAGAUCAAUCAGUGAUCAAUCUGCCUUAAUUAAGAUUUAAAUAAUGUGGCAAUCCAAUUAAGGCUUGUGUACAUUGUUUUCCAUUGCUUGAUAUGUGUAUUUUUAUUUUAUUUUACUUUUUGCUGCUUUGAGUAUCAUUUAGUCUUUGCUACAAAUAAGUUUUCAGUUUAAAGAGAGUAUCCCUUCCACUACUCUUUUUAGUGGCCAGUUUUUCUGGUUGAACUAGACAGCAUCUCAUCAGCCCGACUCCAAGAGCACCAAUGCAAGCUUAAUUUUUUAACAGUCAGCACCUUGGCUGUAAUUGUCAUAAUUAGGUUAUUCAUUUUGGACUUAGUCAACUGAUUGAGUCAUCACAAGGCAGGUGAUUAAAAAAAUCCCUACUCGCCCUCUAGAUCUAUUUAUUAUGACCUUCCUACGUCAGUCUCCUGACGCCAUAGCGCUUGAUUGUGGGAUCUGGCCUGAAGCAAAAAAAGCUGAGUUUUCUGUUUUUUCCCAAUGAGCUUUCAAAAUAGUGAAGAAAUAAUAACAUCAAUCCAAGGGGAUGUUUAUUUUAAUAAGGAUAAUCAAAUAUAAUUCUGGCCAGCUCUCGAGUACAGCUUGUCUGAAAAACAUCCCACAAUGUAGCAUUUAUGGGAUUUCUGGUUUUAAAUCUUAAAGGGAAGCAGUUUAAACUUAUCCUUGGUGAUACGCACUUAAUUUUGACUUUUUUUUGUGUCACCACUUUGAUUAAAAUAAGAUAAAUUCGAUUGGCUUUUUGAGCUUACAUCAUUCAAAAUGGCAUAUAAAAAACAUUUAAAAAUAAGGUUCAGAAUAAUUUCUCCAUGGCUUUAUGUUCUUUGGUUAACAAAAGAGAAAUUUAAUUGUAAUGUUGUUUAUUUGGACAGGCAUUAGUAUUUAGGUUAGUUGGUCAGCCAGGUGACCUGUAAGUGUUUUUUACAGAUAUCAGCUGAAGUACUUCUCAUGUCACAACUGCAGCCCUUACAUCACUGUCUGUUACAAAGGCUAGGUGUAUGAAAAUCCUCCCUAGGCCUUCUUUAAGCUCAUGUUUAGACCAGCUUAAAGUUUUACAUAGUUAACUUAGGAAUAAUUAUAUUUUUAGUGUUUUAUUUUCUGUCUGUAUUUCAUUUGCCUUAGUAUCUCCAAGUAUUUAUACUGUUUACACGUUCACGGUUGCAGCAACCAUACUGCAGAAAAAAAAGACACUCAGAUCAGUAUAACCUUUACUCUCUCUGUAAGUCCAUGUGGUUUGUAUAAAGAACAGUUUGAUAUUUAGAACAAAUAAUUCCUUUUAGAUGAGAUUCCUAACUGCCAUGUUCUGCGGAGCUAGGAAAUGCUCUGUACAGGUGCAGAAACAAAUGACUUUAUGUUGCCUUUUUUGAGGAUGUUUAUCAUUGAACAUGAACUUGACACUUUAGCUAUCAUAGACUGCUUGAUCUUUUCUGGAAUGAUCUCUUGAUUGUUUUAUCCUGUGUAUGUGUUUUUUCUUGAAUAUCAUUCAUAUCAUAAAGCACCAGCACUGACUGACAAGAUGUAUAUUUAUUUCAGUGCCUGUGUGGAAAUAUAUUUUUAAACAUUUUGAAUGAAUAAAGAAUGCUGAAAGGUAA